CUAUGCGAAUUAAUUAAAAAUUUAUUACUAAUUAUCCGAACAAAUAUUUGUGGAUUACACUACGAAAUGAACCCGUACGAACGCUUUUAAGGAUCACAACACGAAAAUGCACCACCGGCAAAGUUUGCCCACCUCACAACUCUACGAUACCAGAUACAAAACUGUGGAGGCAUGCUUCAACAAAUCGCUGGACGACCUCUACACUACCGUAAGAGAGGUGAAGCAAAAAGAAAAAAAAUUGUUGAAAGAAGAAGAGAAGGCGAGACGGAAGACUUAUGAUGCCUACGAAGGGCGGUUCGAACGAAUUUGGGCCAAGACUUUCGGACUGUUUAAUGAAGAUUGGGCGUUUUUAGCGUUGUUGGGAAUCCUGGUGGCCAUCAUCAGUUACGUACUCGACAAGGGCGUACAAAUGUGCUUGAAAGCGAGGAUGUGGUUGUACACGGACCUGGCGACGUCGGGCUUCGAAAAAUGGAUAGCCUGGAUCUGCCUUCCAGUUUGUCUCAUUCUCUUCGACAUUGGUUUUGUCAGUUUGGUGUCCCCUCAGUCAGUCGGUUCGGGAAUACCGCAAAUUAAAACGAUUUUACGUGGCGUUUUCAUGAAGGAGUUCUUAACGUUUCGUUGCCUCAUCGCCAAGUGGGUCGGCAUCACCUCUACGCUGGGUAGCGGCAUGCCUUUGGGGAAAGAAGGGCCCUUGAUUCACAUGAGUUGCAUAUUGGUGACGAAGAUGGCGAAGAUGAUUCGGAGCUUUCAGCACUUGGCUGAGAACAAGAACAGGACGAUUGAAAUGUUGGGGGCGGCAUGGGCGGUCGGUGUUGCUUGUACUUUUAACGCUCCUAUUGGAGGAGUGUUGUUCAGCAUUGAAAUAUCGACGUCGUAUUACGCUGUCAGGAAUUAUUGGCGGGGAUUUUUUGCAGCAGUUUGGGCGGCCACAACCUACAGAUUGCUUUCAGUGUGGAUUGACGGUGCUGGAACAAUAACUGUGGUCUUUAAAUCGAGUUUCUACGUUGAUUUUCCUUAUGAUCCUCAGGAGUUGUUUGCAUUUGCGAUUGUCGGAGUAAUUUGUGGAAUCGGAGGAUCUGUUUAUAUAUGGUGCAAGCAACAAUUCGGGGCGUGGUUGAAACAAAACAAAGUUGUAAACAAAAUAAAGGCUUCGAGCAUCUUCUCCUAUCCCUUUUGCAUCGUAAUGAUAGUUUCCACCGUCACCUUCCCCAUGGGAAUCGGCCAAUUUAUAGCCGCCACUUUACCACCCAGAGACCAAGUGGUGGAGUUGUUCAGCAACUUCACCUGGACCAAGCCAAACUUAAACGUCGCCGAACACGCUGUUGUUUCUCACUGGACAACUCCAUGGACCGGCAUUUACGCAAACUUAAUAAUUUUUGUGUGUUAUCAGUUCAUUUGUUCGAUCAUGUCGUCAACGAUGGCGAUACCAAACGGAGCCUUCAUACCGAAUUUCAGAAGCGGCGCAGCUAUAGGAAGGAUAGCGGGAGAACUGAUGCACUAUUGGUUCCCAUUAGGCGUCAGCUAUAAGGGCAAAAUGAACCCGAUAAUGCCAGGAGCUUAUGCGAUGGUAGGAGCGGCCGCUUUCAGUGGUGCUGUCACCCACACUUUGUCCACCAGCGUUAUAUUGUUCGAAAUGACCUCACAAAUCAGCCACGUCAUCCCGGUUUUGAUCAGUGUACUAAUCGCUAACGGAAUCGCCAGAAUCCUAACUCCUAGCAUCUACGACCUGGCUAUUCAGACCAAUAAGUUGCCUUACUUGCCAGACUUGUUGCCCAGCAAAAGCGCCGUUUAUAGAGUGUACGUGGAGGACUUUAUGGUGCAAAACGUAAAAUAUAUUUACUUGGGAAUGUCCUACAAGGAGUUGAGCAACAAAUUAAGGGAGUGCAUCAAACUAAAACAUAUUCCCUUAGUCGACCAUCCGAGGAAUAUGAUCCUUUUGGGUUCCAUAACCAAAACCGAGCUGGUUGCCCUUUUGGAAAGUCAAAUUGGGGCAGAACGAAGAAAGGAAAUCCUUCCCUACGGUAUCGGGCCCGAUGGAAAGGUCAUUGAGGACUUGGAAGCGUACGAGAAGGAAAUUAAGGAGCAACAAAAGGUGGAAGAACGGGAACGAAUCUUCGACAAGUAUAAGGUUGACAAUAAAAACGCCAUUGUUGCUUUUAAACCUAAAAAAGUGUUCCUGCCAAUUCGUCGAGUAAUAGACAUGUCGAAGGAACAACAGCAAAUGUGGGAACAGGAACAGUUGGAAAUGAUGGCGGAUUUUUCGAAAUGUCGCGUCGAUCCAGCUCCAUUUCAACUGGUGGAACGCACGUCUUUGCUCAAAGUACAUUCACUGUUCUCAUUAUUGGCCAUCAACGUUGCUUACGUCACUUCUAUUGGUAAACUGGUUGGAGUUGUCGGCAUGAAAGAACUGAGAAGAGCCAUAGAAGAUGCAAAUGCUGGAAAACUGCCUGGGAAAGACUUUGUUCUCAGACCUUUGUUACAGAACUAACUGAAUUAUUUCGAAUUUUACGGUAUAAUUAAUGAAAAUAUCUUGCUGUUUUGUUAUAUAUUUAUUUAAAUAACUUAUUCAUGUGUGUAUGUGAAUAAAAUUACAAUGAAUUAAACUCUAAUAA